UUCCCUGGUUGUGUACACUUGUGGGUAGUGAGAGGAAGUGCACGUGUGGAGAUCUUUUGCCAUCAGGAAGAUCUGUUUAUACACCAUGGCGCCUCCUCUUCCAGACAAAAUACUCAUGAGGAAGAUCAAGAAAAGCCAGAAGAAGAAACUAAAAAUGCUUAAAGCUAAAGAGGAUAGUAAAGUUUCUGGAAGUGCAGAGGAACCAUUACCAGAAGAUGAAACUGAACGUCUUAUUCACUGUCAUCCGUCCCUAAGUAAACGGCCGGCUGAAGAUGACCCUAUUCCUAAAAAGAAAAAGAAGAAGAAAUUGCAGGAGGUGGAGGAAGCUCUUGAUGCAGGAGCUGAUAAUGAAGUCACACCUGAAGUAGAACUUAAAAAGAAAAAAAAGAAGAAAAACAGAAAUGAAGUUCCUGUUCGAGCACAACCACAAGUUUGUGAAUCUGUUGAGGAAGAAAACGAGGAGGAGGAGGAUAUAAACAAAGAAGACAAUGAUGAUGGAGAAGAGACUGGUUACGAAAGUGAAGAGGGUAAAAAUGGUACCAGCACAUUUGGAUUUGAUGCAACAACAAAUAAGUCAUUUGAUUGUCUGAAGGGUGUGAUCUCUGAAGAGACCAUGAAGGCAGUUGUUAAUAUGGGGUUCACGGAAAUGACAGAGAUUCAAGCCAAAGCCAUUCCAAAGCUCUUAGAAGGACGGGAUUUACGUGGAACAGCUAAAACUGGUGCAGGAAAAACACUUGCCUUUGUUAUCCCUGCUGUGGAGUUAAUACAUAAAUUGAAGUUUAAACCUAGAAAUGGUACUGGUGCCAUCAUUGUGUCCCCAACACGAGAAUUAUCCAUGCAGACCUUUGGUGUGUUGCGAGAAGUCAUGGAGGAUCACACUCAGACCUAUGGCCUCAUUAUGGGAGGUGCGGACCGCAAGAGUGAAGCAACUAAGUUAGCUAAAGGAGUAAAUAUAUUGGUAGCUACACCUGGAAGACUUUUGGAUCACUUACAAAAUACUCCACAUUUUAUGUAUAAGAAUUUGGUGUGUUUAGUUAUUGAUGAAGCUGAUCGAAUCUUCGAUGUGGGUUUUGAAGAGGAAAUGAAGCAGAUUUUGCGGUUAUUACCUAAGAGAAGGCAGACCAUGCUUUUCAGUGCUACAAAAGACAACAAAACCAAUGAACUGGCAAGACUUGCACUAAAAACUGAACCCAUGGAAGUUGACGUUGAUUCUGACAAAAUCAAUGCAACUGUGGAGGGCCUAGAACAGGCAUAUUUGGUAUGCCCAGCAGACAAAAGAUUUCUAGUUUUGUACACAUUUAUUAAGAAGAACAAGAAAAAGAAAGUUAUGGUAUUCUUAAGUUCUUGCAUGGCUGUCAAGUUUUAUCAUGAACUCCUCAACUACAUUGAUCUUCCAGUGAUGUGCAUACAUGGCAAACAAAAGCAGGUUAAGCGGACCAGUACAUUUUACCAGUUCUGCAAUGCUGAAUCUGGUAUCCUGCUGUGCACAGAUGUGGCAGCUCGUGGGUGGGACAUUCCCGCUGUGGACUGGAUCGUUCAGUAUGAUCCUCCUGAUGAUCCCAAAGAAUAUAUCCACCGUGUUGGAAGAACAGCCCGUGCCGGUGGUCAAGGCCAUGCUUUGUUGUUCCUUCGGGAAGAGGAGAUUGGUUUUGUGCGAUACCUGAAAUCCCACAAGGUUAAUGUCGAUGCUAUGGACAUUACCUGGAGCAAAGUGGCCAAUAUUCAGCUUCAGUUGGAAAAGUUGAUGACGCAGAACUACUUCCUCCAUGCCAGUGCUAAGGAGGCUUUCAAAGGGUAUGUGCGAGCAUACAACUCCCACCAGGAGAAAGACAUUUUUGACAUCAACACGCUCGACUUGAAAAAGGUUGCAAAAUGCUUUGGUUUUCAAGUACCUCCAUUUGUUGAUUUGGGCUUUUCCGCCGGUAAACGACCAGUGAAGCGGGGCGGUGGCGGCGGCUAUGGUGGGAUAAAUAAGAAACAAGUGGCAAAAGCAAAAAUUUUCAGACAGAUUAAAAGCAAGAAUAACUAAUGUGAUAAUUUAAUAAAAACUAUUAAAAUGUAAUCAAAGA